GUGGUUUUUCCCUACCUGAACUUUAUACCUUUCAGUGAGGAGGAGUUAUUAAGUUGUUUUUAAAAAGCUUAUAAAUGCUUGAGGAAUUGGCAUUUGGGCUGCUGAUCCCAGUGAGAGACAGACUUUCAUAAGACACCAGGAGACAGCAUCAUGGGGAAGCCCACGCUUCACUACUUCAAUGGACGAGGCCGAAUGGAGUGCAUCCGGUGGCUCCUGGCUGCGGCGGGAGUAGAGUUCGAAGAGAAAUAUAUAGAAACUCCAGAAGACCUUGACAAGUUAAGAAAUGAUGGGAGUUUGAUGUUCCAGCAAGUGCCAAUGGUCGAAAUUGAUGGAAUGAAGCUGGUACAGACCAGAGCCAUUCUCAACUACAUUGCCACCAAACACAACCUCUAUGGGAAGGACAUAAAGGAGAGAGCCUUCAUUGAUAUGUAUGCAGAAGGUAUAGCAGAUUUAAAUGAAAUGAUCAUGCUUUUGCCAAUAUGUCCACCUGAUCAAAGAGAUGCCAAGAUUGCCCUGAUCAAAGAGAAAACAACAAAUCGCUAUCUCCCUGUGUUUGAAAAUGUGUUAAAGAGCCAUGGACAAGACUACCUUGUGGGCAACAGGCUGAGCAAGGCUGACGUGCACCUGGUUGAACUUCUCUACUACGUGGAAGAGCUUGACCCCAGCCUCCUGGCCGGCUUCCCACUGCUGAAGGCCCUGAAAAGCAGAGUCAGCAAUCUCCCUACUGUGAAGAGGUUCCUGCAGCCUGGCGGGCAGAGGAAGCCUCCCCUGGAUGAGAAAAGUUUAGAGAAAUUAAAGAAGGUUUUCAGGAUGAAUUAAAGCAGGCCUGGCUGUCCAGCACCCUCAGGACCCAUCUUCUGAAGUUUUCCAAAAUUAAAAUCCUUUACCUACAUGCAGAUCUUGGUUGUGAGACUAAUAAUCCUUCCCAAAGUAUAAGUGUUAGUUUAAUUAGAAAUUAACUCUGCCAUUUUGGUUUCAACUAUUUUCUGUUGAUCGAAUAUGAAAUCAUGAUAGCCUCCUAAAUUGUUUCUUGGAUUUAAAAAUAAAAGGAGAAAGCCUUUCAUGGA